AUUUUGGGCUGUUAUUGGUUUCCAUCCAAUUUUUUUUUUAGUUCAGUUUGAUGUCUAAUCGGUAUUCGUGCGAUCCGAUUUGAUGUCAGUUUCACGAAACUUGAGUCUUAAUUCCCAAACAUGAUCCAAUUUCUCUUGGGUGUUUUAAUUAUUCGCAUUGCGAAGAUGAAAGCGUCAUGUUCGAUUGAGCAGAGUUCGAGAAACAUUACGGAUCUUGACCUCGACGCUUUGAUUCACUCCGCCAGCUAUUUGAAUCUGCAAGAUCUUUCUAACAUGGCCAUGACCUGUAAAUUCUUCAAAAGAGCUGCCUAUGCCGAUUCAAUCUGGCAUAAUUGGUUCAGGGAGCAUUGGCCACAACAAAUAUCUUCAAGCUCUGCACUAUCUUCAGGAGUUAGGGAAGCAUAUUUGUCUAAGCGUACUGCGGUUCAACAAUUUAAAUUUGUUGACCCCUGGAUUCUUCAUUACUCUUCACCAGAAAAACCAUACAGCCAUAUACUUUUGGAUAAAGGAGAUAUUUUUUUGGCACAGGGUUCGAAGGUGCGAAAAGUUAAUACCUCUCGAAGUGUUUCCGCGGUUACCCUUUCGGAUCAUAAUGCAAGAAUUACCUGUAUGAGAUUAUUUUCCCUCAAUGAAACAUCUCUUUUUCGAAGUGAGGCACAGAAUAAAGAUAAAUUUUUGGUAACCUCAAGCUGUGAUCACUCCAUUCGUCUAUGGUGGAAGGACUGUUGUCAACGCUGUCUAAGAGGUCAUAACAGCCCAGUUACCACACUUUCAGAUAAAUUGCUAGGUGACCGUAGUGGAAAAGUACUUGCAAGUGGAGGUGAAGAUGGUACUGUUCGUCUUUGGUCCCUCACCUCAAGUGGCAAACGUGGCCAACGUGCUUUAAGAACUACUUUUCAUGGGCAUGAGAAACCUGUCUCACUGUUAUCAGUUGCUGGGCACAAAACCUCUCUCCUAGUGAGCAUUUCAAAAGAUGCAAAGGUAAGGAUUUGGGAUACGACUUUGUCAUCUGCUGGUCACUUGUCUUCCUGUGUGGGAAUGACUAGCGUGCUUGGAGCACCUGUGGGUAUAAAAUCUCAUGAAUCAUUAUGCUAUAUUGCUGCUGGUAAUGCAGUUACAGCAAUUGACCUGAGAACAAUGCGAAAAGUUUUCACAGCAGCAAUUCAUCAGCCAAAACUGUACUCGUUUGAGAUGCUGCCCUCUAAAUCCUUCAUCUGCACUGGUGGAAAUGACAAAGUGAUGCUGUGGGAUAUUAGGAAAAACCAAGAGAAACCAGAACCUAUGGCAGAGUUGGAUGGACACGUGGGUCCUGUAUCACUUUUACAAAUUGAUCCAUAUAAAAUAGUCAGUGGAGGGCCAGAAGAUUUCUACGUCAAGGUUUGGGAGACUGAUACAGGUGUGCAAACAAAUUCUUUGGAAUGUUGUAUUCCUGAUGAAUCAGACACCGGAAUUGGGUGCUCUGCCAUGGCUGUUAAUGGGUCUCGAAUGGUUACUGCCAGCUGUGGUGUAGAACCGGGAUUAGCAUACUUCAGGGACUUCACCCGUGCUACUCAUCCAAUUGCUUCAAAUGAGGACAGCAUCUCUUCCAAGUUUUGGGAGUGAGAAGGGCACUCUUGUCACUUGAAUGACUCAGUGCAUGUUCAACUUGCAAAGCUCAAGUCUUCUGAUAUAUUAAUUGAUCAUAAACAUCAGUUUUAGAUAUUUUAGACGAAUGUUUAUCUAGUUACUGAUAUGGUAGUGAAAAGUAAGGGUUUUUUCUUUUUCUUUUUCUUUUUCUCAUAUGGGAUGAGAAUAUCCAUAGAUAAUUUUGUAUAUUGUGACUGUUGAGGAUAAUUAUGUAAAUGGAUAUAUGAGGUUGAAUGAGAGCAUCUUUAUAUUC